AUGCAUCCCAACAAUCCUUACCAUAACAAUCCUCCGGAUUUUGUUACCCUAGCAGAGCAGUAUCCUAGUUUAAGGCCGUAUGUCGUUCUUAAUAUCAAAGGAGAUAGGACUCGAGGUUCAUUAAACUUUCGGGAUCCAAUGGCACUGAGAGAGCUAACGUACUGCUUGCUUCACCGAGAUUUCUCAAUCAAACUGGACAUCCCAAUUAAUUCACUCUGUCCUGCAAUUCCUAAUCGCGUCAAUUACAUAUGUUGGAUCGAAGACUUGAUGAGAAAUGAGACUGAAUCCGUCAUACAUGGCAUUGAUAUAGGCACAGGUGCAUCGUGUAUAUAUCCUCUUCUAGGCUGUACUAGGAACAAGAAUUGGCGAAUAAUGGCAACAGACAUCAACGAUAGGUCCCUUCAAUUCGCUGCUAAGAAUGUUAUUAUGAAUAACCUUCAGGAUACCAUCGUCCUUUUAAAAAGUCAUCCGAAAAAAAUCUUUCCGGGCAUGCUAUUCCAAGAAAGCGAGAAAAUAUACGACUUUUGUAUGUGCAAUCCCCCUUUCUACGAAGAUGAACAGGAUAUACAAGAGAGCCAUGAUAGUAAAGAAGGGUUACCGUCGGCAGUAUGUUUAGGGAUGCCAAAUGAGAUGAUCACAGCAGGUGGAGAAACUCAGUUUGUCCAGCGAAUGAUCGAUGAAAGUUGUAUAUGGCGAACAAGGAUAAGAUGGUACACAAGUAUGCUAGGGAAAAAAACCUCGGUGGACAAAGUUGUAGCCUAUCUCAAGGAAAACAACAUUUUCAACAUUACUUUUACGACAUUCCGACAAGGUAGAACAACACGUUGGGCUGUGGGUUGGUCCUUUGGGGAUGAACGCGCUUCAAUGAAAUCGAUGCAGCAAGCAUCAAAGAAGAUGGCUAAGCUUAGCUCAACUGCCACUGUUUUAUCAUUUACUGCUUUGAAUAUAACGAUUGAAGAAGCUGUGGCUCGUAGGUUGAAGUAAAGCGUAUCCUUCAGGGGAGAGCUAGAGCCAACACUUGGUCACGUGCAGCACGCAGGGCAUUAGCAAGAACCGCCAAAGAUGGUGAUACUGAGAAGGCUGUAGUAACCAGAGUCUCAAAAGAUUUACCGAUAAUCAUGGGGUUUGACCUCUGUUUCGUGCCUCUAGCUACUGAACAGGAGCCAAAGAAUACUGUGGGUAGCAGCACUACGAGUGCAUCCGUAACAGCACCAUUACCACAUAUAACCAACAGUUUCACUGUCCAGGCGAUAUGGACCAUCGGACAGGACCGAGGCCUGUUUGAAUCCUUCUUUCUUCACGUCCGAUCUCGCUUCCUUUCAAGUCGCUAACAAUCGGCAAAUUAAAAUGUUUGAGGGCUAAAAAAACAUAGAACCUGAAGCCUCUCUCCCAUAAAAGUUCAUAAAAGUUGACAUUGUAUUCGUGAAGUAUACAUUUCAUCCAAAGCUAUACUUCGCAAAAUGCAAG